GGCACAUACAAUAUUGGGCCUCAGUGGACCUGAUUGCAGGCUUUUAAACAUAUAGAGAAGACGUCGCACGCGGCAGGAAAUCACGUCUUCUGGAAGAAGAGAAAGGUUUAUGUGGCUGGAAUCGUAGUCUGAGUUCCAAUGGCAUCUCUUCACUCCCUCGCCGCCGUUUCUGUUAUCACUACGGGCGAAAAUAAAGGAACAUCACUUACUUCAUCUACUCUCCGAUUUAAACCACGCGAGAUCCCUAUAUUCCCAAACCAUCGUAGGGUGGUGCUCAAAGGGGGGUCAGCAAUAAAGGCGCAGUCGAAAGAAACAAGUGCGGGAGAUGCAUUUACUAAUAUCAAGCAUCUUCUCCUACCUGUGAUUGAUCGGAAUCCUUAUCUCUCUGAAGGCACCAGACAGGCUGCUGCUACAACAACUAGUUUGGCAAACAAGUAUGGAGCUGAUAUCACUGUUGUAGUCAUAGACGAAGAAAAGAGAGAAUCAUCUUCGGAGCACGAGACUCAAGUAUCCAACAUCCGCUGGCAUCUAGCAGAAGGUGGUUUCGAGGAGUUCAAGCUGUUGGAGAGGCUUGGGGAAGGGAAAAAGGCGACGGCGGUAAUAGGAGAGGUGGCGGAUGAUCUGGGGACGGAGCUGGUAGUGAUGAGCAUGGAAGCCAUCCACUCCAAGUUCAUCGACGCCAAUUUGCUUGCUGAGUUCAUCCCCUGCCCCGUCCUCCUCUUGCCCUUGUGAAUUUUUCUUAACCAUCUUCUCCUCCUCUACUAUUUCCCAAUCCUUCUUUUUAUAUAUAUAUAUAUAUAUAUAUAUUGCCCGUGUAACCACAUAGCAGAGGACUAGAGAGAGG